CUUUCCCGGGGGGUGGUGCAGGUAGGCAGGACACCGGAAGUGACGUACAAGCUGUCCCGCUGCACGCCGGGAUUUGUAGUCCAGUCCUGGUUCCUGGCCGCUGUCAGGACAUAAGCUCCGACUGCUCAGACUUCCGGUCAUCUUCGGAUCAUGCUGAGGGCGAGGGCACCGCAUCUGCUUCUGGGGAAGGUCUGCGGAAACCAGCGCCCCGGUGCCACCAGCCUGCCAGCCCUCCUCAGGCUCGGCCGCCUCCCCCCCGCACGGAGCCAUCAGACCUUACACCCAGAAUGGGCGGCCCUGGCCAAGAAACAGCUGAAGGGGAAAGAUCCGGAGAGUCUAAGGUGGCACACGCCAGAGGGUAUAGUGAUAAAGCCUCUCUACACCAAGAGGGACACGACAGAGCUGCCCGAGGAACUGCCCGGAGUCAAUCCCUUCACCCGAGGCCCGUACCCCACCAUGUACACCCACAGACCCUGGACCAUCCGACAGUACGCCGGCUUCAGCACCGUGGAGGAGAGCAACAAGUUCUACAGGGACAACAUAAAGGCCGGUCAGCAGGGAUUAUCCGUCGCUUUUGACCUGGCCACCCAUCGAGGAUACGACUCUGACAACCCUCGGGUUCACGGAGAUGUGGGCAUGGCUGGUGUGGCCAUUGACACAGUAGAAGACACAAAGAUGCUUUUCGAUGGAAUUCCUUUGGAGAAGAUGUCAGUCUCCAUGACCAUGAACGGCGCAGUCAUCCCUAUCCUGGCCAUGUUCAUUGUCACGGGGCAGGAGCAGGGUUGUCCUCAGGAGAAGCUCACUGGGACCAUACAGAAUGACAUAUUGAAAGAGUUUAUGGUCAGAAACACCUAUAUAUUUCCUCCAGGGCCAUCCAUGAGAAUCAUUGCUGAUAUUUUCCAGUACACGUCACAGUACAUGCCAAAAUUUAACUCCAUCUCGAUCAGCGGGUAUCACAUGCAGGAAGCUGGAGCCGAUGCAGUUCUGGAGCUGGCCUACACAGUAGCUGAUGGUCUGGAGUAUUGCCGUACAGGGCUGAAAGCCGGCCUGACCAUUGAUGAAUUUGCACCCAGGUUGUCUUUCUUCUGGGGCAUCGGGAUGAAUUUCUACAUGGAAAUAGCAAAAAUGAGAGCGGGUCGGAGGCUGUGGGCGCAACUGAUAGAGAAGAACUUCCAGCCCAAAGAUAAGAAGUCGCUGUUACUGCGAGCCCACUGUCAGACGUCGGGGUGGUCACUUACAGAACAGGACCCAUAUAACAAUGUGGUUCGCACCGUGAUUGAAGCCAUGGCCGCCGUUUUCGGGGGCACUCAGUCGCUCCACACUAACUCGUUUGACGAGGCUCUAGGUCUGCCCACUGUCAAGAGCGCGCGGAUCGCUCGCAACACCCAGAUUAUCAUUCAGGAGGAGUCUGGGAUUCCCAAGGUGGCGGACCCCUGGGGUGGAUCCUACAUGAUGGAGUGCCUCACAGAGGACGUCUACCAAGCUGCUCUGAAGCUCAUUAACGAGAUUGAAGAAAUGGGUGGAAUGGCCCGAGCCGUGGCUGAGGGAAUCCCAAAACUGCGCAUUGAGGAGUGUGCGGCCCGGAGACAAGCUAGGAUUGAUUCAAGUUCUGAAGUGAUUGUCGGGGUUAAUAAAUACCAGUUGGAGAAGGAGGAGACUGUCGAGGUUCUUGCCAUUGAUAAUACUUCUGUUCGCAGCCGCCAAAUCGAGAAGCUGGAUAAGGUCAAGGCUACCAGAGACAGUGCUGCUGCGGAAAGCUGUUUGGCUGCAAUCACUGAAUGUGCUGCCACUGGCCAAGGAAAUCUCCUGGGACUUGCAGUUGAAGCCGUCCGUGCAAGGUGCACUGUGGGAGAAAUCACGGACGCAAUGAAGAAGGUAUUUGGUGAACACAAGGCCAGUGAUAGAAUGGUGAGCGGAGCCUAUCGGCAGGAGUACGGGGAGAGUGAUGAGAUCGCUUUUACUCUUAACAGAGUCCAGAGCUUCAUGGAGAGAGAAGGACGGAGACCUCGUCUGCUUGUAGCCAAAAUGGGGCAAGAUGGCCAUGAUAGAGGGGCAAAGGUUAUCGCCACGGGGUUCGCAGACCUCGGCUUUGAUGUGGAUAUCGGCCCCCUCUUCCAGACUCCUCGUGAGGUGGCACAGCAGGCGGUAGAUGCAGAUGUGCACGGUGUCGGUGUGAGUACACUGGCGGCGGGCCACAAGACACUAGUUCCGGAACUCCUCAAAGAACUGAGUGCCUUAGGACGGCCUGAUAUACUUGUGAUCUGCGGAGGAGUCAUCCCACCCCAGGACUAUGAGUUCUUGUAUAACGCCGGAGUAUCCAGUGUGUUCGGACCUGGAACCAGAAUCCCAAAAGCUGCAGUACAAGUCAUCGAUGACAUAGAAAGAAGCCUGGAGAAACGUCAGCAGUCGUUAUAAUGCAGCAGAAGGAGCUCACAUUUCCCCUCCAUCAGUGCUGCCCCAGGAGAGAUGGACUCUUCAAGGUCUUCCUAAAAUGGCUGGAAGACAAUUUUCCUUCUCAAAAGACUUUUUGCCUCGUGGCCUCAGUUAUGAUCAGAUAAUUGGUCUGUGUGAAAAUAUCAUUAUAUAUACCAUCGUAAUUUAAAAUAAAAGAUACCUUUUGUAAAUUUU